AUGCAUUUCAGGCAAAACGUGCCCGUGGUUGACGGCGAGCGGCGUAUCAUGGUAUGCUUCGUUGGAAGCCCUGACGAUCCCGGCUACGACGACGCAGUUGAACACGCGACUGAAGCGAUUCUUGCGGCCAACCGUGAAGCUGGAUGGAAGAAGAAGGAGAAGAGGCAUAAACGCGGAGAUUUUCCUGCAGUUGCCUGCGGAAUCUCGUUUGGAAAAGGCCAGCCUGAGCCCAUGCAAUUGGGAGGGGAGAGGCAAGAAAUGAUGAAAAAGCUCCUGGCCAUGGACUCUUUCCGCCGCAUCGCUGGCUUCCAAAGCGCGGCCUUGCGAACUUGGUUUCCCCGCUGCUACGAGGAGGCCCGACGGCGAAAAGCUCAGCUUCUGGAACUUCGACCCAAUCUGCGUUUGAACUUCGACAACAGCGUCUACCUCUGCACCACAGUUAAUUUCGGACCCUUGACAUGGACACACAUACACACCGACUCUAAGAACGACCCGUCCCUUCCAUGUGCAAUCACCUCAGGUGGAAAGUACAACUGGAAAUUAGGUGGACAUUUGAUACUAUGGGACUUCAAUGUUAUUUUCGAGUUCCCUCCUGGAACAACUAUCCUCCUUUCUUCGGCAAUUCUGCGGCACUCAAAUAUACCUGUGGCUAAAGGGGAGACCCGUAUCUCGGUCACGCAAUACACAGCUGGCAGCAUACAUCGUUGGUUACAAUACGGAGGACGAACCGAGGAGGAGUUUGAGAAAGCAGACCCGGAGGCAUAUCUGAAGGAGAUGUCGGAACAUCGAGCAGGACGCUGGAUGGAGAGUUUAGCGCGUUAUAGCACAUUUGAAGAACUUAGGUCAUCUGCGUAA